UCGGUGCGGAACGCGAUAUUGGUCCUGGUGGUUUGACACCCGGAGGAUAACAUUGCUGUAGGUUGAUUGGAAUAUUCUUUUUUCCUUGUCACGUUUGGUCGCGGUCGGUUGAUGGACUUUGGAGCGUGAGUGAGUUUAUGGUCCACGGGGUUUCACGCAGGUGAAUCUGCUGUCACUGAGGAGCAAUUUAUUUCGGUAGGUCGGUCGCUUUCCCACGGGGGUUCCUCAUUAGUGCGUUAGACUUGUGCGAAAGUGUAUUAUCGCGGUCGGAUCCGCUUGUCUCACUUACGUGAGUAUACGUGAUCGAAAUGAUGAUUCGCCUCAUUCUCGGAGAAACGUAGUGUUGUUUUGUUGAUGGCAGCACAGGUACCUAGUGCUAGUUUCCAACUUAACUGCGAAGUGAGGCUCAACGACAGCAUUAUGUAUUAUUAACACGUCCCGAAGCAGUUAGUUUCAUCGUUAGACUUGAUCCCGUUAUCGUAAAGUGAUACAGUCGAAAGUUGUUAAGGGAAAAGGAGAAAGUUUCGGAUUAUCAUUGUGCUUUCGGAAUUGCUGUUUGCCGAGAUCAGCCAUGCGGGAGGAUGUGAACGUGAAGAUGAAGGAUUAACUCUCUCACCCACAGUCUUUCCCUCGGUGCGUCUCAGUGUGUACAUUGCCUAAGGAGGAUAUCAAAUUUCGAGAAAGUCUUCUAGCACCGGGAAUUAGGCGUUACUUGAGCCAAAGCUUCAGCAGCUGUUGUUUGCCUACUGGAGCUGGUUCUGACUGGAGUGUAGAAGAAGAGGGGGAAAAACGAUGUGAUGAUAGUUUAUGGUACGGAUUAAGAAGCAAACGGAAAUCGCAAAACGAGCACAAGGGGAGUGAAUAUUGGGGGAAAAGUGAUUUUCCGGUCUCUGAAUAAGUGUAUAGUGUAAGUGAGGGUGUGAAUGUGGACUCGAAGGCGAAACGGCAGUUCCGGUAGCGUUUGCAGACGUAGAAGAAUAGCCGGCAAACUUGAGACAAAAGGGCAGUUUGGUAUGGAUGCUUAUAGCUCGGAUUAACAGCGUAGUUUGGCACUUUGUACGGAUUUGUUGCAUACAAGAGCUCUGAGAAGCAACACCCCUUGGAAAGACUGCGGAAAGGCUGGGCUGAACUCAUUUCUUUGCAGAGCAGUUUCUCAGCUGAUAUAUAGAAUUUAUACACUUGCUGAGCUGUUUGUAUUUCUCGGAUGGUGAGUAUUUGUUGAGGUAACGCUGGAAGACAGGAGGACAGAAGAAACAAAAAUCAAUCGUGAUGGCCAAUAAAGAUAAGUGUGUCUUUAUGAGCGCUAUAAUUGCACUGCUGGUUGCGCACAUUUGCGCUGCCACCCCGGGCUUACGGAAUCUGUCACUGGUCAUCAAGCCGCCCUGGGUUCGGCGGGGUCAGGAAGCACAGCUACACUGCCAGUACGAGAUGGAGGGUGCCCCGCUCUACUCGGUCAAGUGGUACCGGGGUACGCUGGAGUUUUACCGGUAUUCACCGUUUGAGAACCCUCCGGCGAAGAUUUUUCCCUUUACGGGAAUCAAAGUUGACAUGACCGUUUCGAACGCAACACACGUCACCCUGCGCAACGUGGGCUUCAAUCUGUCCGGGAAUUUCACCUGCGAAGUAACGGCGGAUGCUCCCUCGUUCUACACUGGAGUAGCCACCAACUUCCUCACCGUCGUCGAGCUACCGCACUCGCCACCCACCCUGUGGACGGAACACACAAAAUACGACCCGGGGGAUAUACUGCGAGCCAACUGUUCGACGCCGCCAUCGAAACCAGGAGCCACCGUAACCUUUCUGCUGAACAGUAUGACGGUCGGAACUGAGCCUACGGUGCUGCAUCCAACGCAUGACGGUCUGCAUUGGGCUUCGAGAGAUCUCAACAUUCAGCUGUUACCAUCGCACUAUUCCACCGGACAGCUGAUUCUGCGAUGUUUGGCCGAGGUAGGCACAAUCUACUCGGAAGUAUCCCAAGCACCACUGGAAAGCAGCCGGAAGGAGCCUAUCCCCGAGCGAGUGACAUCCCCGAAUGGAUCGUCCCGGCCGCAACCACUGUUCUACUGGUGCAGUGGCCUCGCAACGCUCGUAAUGGUGCUGCUGAGUUCAUCGUUGACCCGGCUAGAUCAGCGCCAUCUUCAUCAUCAACCACAUCGGCCGGUGCAAGAUAGUUCCAGAUGGUAGCAACCAGUUCCGGUCGUGCCGUAACCGAAAACGCUCCACGUCUGUCCACUGUAACUUUUUCUUCUUCAGCACUGUGUGACUUUUGUAUCUGCGCUUCAAAAAAUAAAAUGAUCCGAAAAAUGCUUAAAGAGAACGAAUCAAAAAAAUAAUUGGACGGUGUAAAAAUAGACAUAGAAAUCAUGGAUUCUUGGUUAAAUUUUCACCAUUUUUUUCUCGAAAUCUUUCCCAUUGUCGAUGGGAUUCAAUAAUAAGGAAAAACAAGAUGCUGAACGUAGAAGGUUGUAAUUGUAUCGAUAUUAAGCUAGGAUAAUGAAGAUUUGUUAUUCGUGUUUAGCCCAAUGGUAAUGCUGGAUGCGAAAGUAUAAAGGGAAUCUCGUCCUGCCCCUGUUGGUAUUCAGGAGUUGGUCAACCUGCAUGGGAAUUCAUCAUACUCUGUUUAGACAUUCGAGGCGCGUUUAUUUCGCUAUAGGUUAUUAUAAUCCCGAAAUCAAUUAAACAUGAAUAGAUAAUCCUGAUGAAUUUUAAGUAAAGUUCUUGACCAUGAAAAAAUGACAGUUUCUUCAACCAGUUCCAAAUAAAUCAUUGGUUUUGAAUUAAAAACAGUUCCGUCAGAAAUCCGUCUCAAACACAACAACCGAGUUUCGCAUUUUAGCUGGAAUCCAGACAGACGGCAUUCAGGCUUCUGAAUCAAUUUUCGGAUAAUUCGACAAUUGCCGCAGUCAGAUUUAAUUCGAACCUUUAUCGAAAUAUUUCGAAACGGAUUUCGCAAUCGAUCAACUGAUUGUUCCGUAUUAAGCAAUUUGUUGAGAGUUAGUCCCAAUGCGCGAAUUGUACCCAUCUCAUUCAGUAACAAGCGAAACUUUUAAGCGCUAUUUACACCUAUCCGAUCCGUUUCAAUGACGGCCCCGUACCGUGCAGCACUGAUGUAUUCUAUAUGAGCUGUUCUAUUUUACAUCAUUGACUAAAACAGAUCCAUCGCAAUUCUAAGAUGCAGUUAUAUUUUUCGAGCACUUUUUUGGAACAGAUUUCGAGCAGCUCGACUAUUUUUUUUUUUAAUUUGCCGCAAUUUGAAAAACGUGUCAAAUAUUUUUCACUAGUAUGUGUGACGACAGACAGCAGAAAAAAAACAAUAUAUGUCACAUAACACAGUUUGUCUUUGUGAAACAGAUUUACAUAACAGCAUUGCGAACAGCCUAAAUCAUCGCAUUGGAAGCGCUUUGCAAUACAAUAUCUUAUUGUACGUUGUUCGGAGCAGUUCACAAGAAAUAUAAAUAACUACAGACCAGCGAUGCCAGAUGUGAAGACAUGUCUUCAUUUUGAAGACAUUUGAAAGGCUGUGACGACUAGAGUUCCUAUAUAUAGAGAUAGGCGGACACAAAAGCCGGAAAACUGGCAGCUCUUAUUCCAGGAAGAAAGCACUGGCAACCCAUGCCAAUGUUCAAGCUCUAGCUUAAUGAUUUCAUUGUCGUCGUGAGUUAGAACUUCACAUGUACGAAUGGAAAACCAAUUCGAAGAUCUGAUGAUAUGAUUUCAUACUUGUGCGAAUAUCUCUUUGUGUUACAAAAAAAAUCUUGUUCUUUUCGUUUCUCUACACUCGAUAACACAUGAAAAGAGUAAAAUAAUUAUGACCAUAAUCACAAUACCUUUUCCAUAUACAUCCAAAGAGAACAUGUUAUGUGACGUAAUGCUCAGGAGGGUGUCACUCCUGUCAUCCGCUAUGGAGAUAUACGGACUUUGACAGUAGUCAACAUCUGAUGGGCCUAGCUGCAUCUAGGCCCACGUCGCCCGUGCAAUACCAUUGGGUUGUUUAGAUUUUAACAAAGGCAGAUGUUGGCUAGGACAAAAUGGCUGCCUAGCAGGGGGCUGGUAAUGCUCGAUUGGCUCCACCAUUUGACAUGUUCAAUUGGCUCCGCUCAGUGUCUCCGCCUAACUAUGAAUAUAGUAACUAUAGUGAAGACGGGUUUUUCAUUUUGAAGACAAAUUUGUUUCGGUUGUCUGAUCGAUUUCUGGCAGAAUUCUGGCUCAAAAUCUAAAACCGAUUCAGAAUCCUGGUCGGUGCAGACAAAUGAAGACAUUUUUUCAUGAAAUGUGAAGACAUUUGAAAAAUAUGCCUGGUAUCCCUGCUACAGACACUUUAUACACAUAUAUGCGGAGACAAAAACAGUAAAACUUGCAACAAUGAAUGUAAUCUGGCAUCACGGAUGAUCCCAUAAUCCCCUAAGAACGGUUGGUUUAAAAACCGUCCAAUGGAGGACGUUCGUUGGACCAACGUUGGAUGACGUACAAAUAACCUUUCAGCAUACGUCCAUCGUUGGACCCGUGUUGAACAAUUUUGAAACAAUUUUUGGAGCUUCUCAAUGGGCACCCUCUAAGAACGGUUGGUUUCAAAAUCAUCCAAUAAAGGACAUUCGUUGGACCAAUUUAAACAACGUCCAAAUAACCGUUCAACAAACGCCCAUCCUUGGACCCGUGUUGAACGCUUUUGAAACAAUUUUUUGGACGUCUCAGUGGGCAGCUUUGCGUGGGCUUCUUCUUUUACUUCCCCUCGCAAAACCCGUAUGCUCGUUUGGCUGCAACUUUUGACACUUUGCUAGUAUGUGUAUGUAGUCUGUAGAAAUAACCCAGUCCGUUUAUAUUUUCCGGUUACCAAAUUUGAAUGUUGAUUCAAAUCUUGAUCGAAACUUUUAGAAACAAAUUUCGAAGUUGAUCAGUGUUAUAUGAUUCUAACUGAAACAAAGAUAAAUUUUUAGUUUACCUGUUGCUGUUUAGCUGCAAUUCAAUUAAAUUUCGUGAUAAGGAUUCUGCGCACAUUUUGACAUAACCGAAAUUCUGUCUGAAUCGGUUGUUAAAUGUGAACUGGAAUCUGGCUUGAAUCAGUCAGAAAUAUUCAUGUCUAUUUCAACGGUGUUCUAUUCCAGCGUAAUUCCUACCUCGAAACAAGUAAAGUGAAAUUCCGUUGUACUGCAUCAAUAACUAUCCAGUUUUUUACGUGCCAUAAUGGCGGUCUAAAUUGUUCAGUUGGUAAUACGUUUAAUUGCCCUUUUUGACAAUAAUCGUUUACGCCAGCUUGACAGCAACGCCUAGUUGAAGAUGUCGGGCGUUCAUUGAAUAAACAUCCAAUGCAUUGGACUAACGUAGGAUGACUUAAUCUUUAGACAAUUUAGACCGCCAUUAUGGCACGUGAAAAGCUGGAUACAAAAUAUGAGCGCGUUUCGAAUGUCAAUUGAGUUGAGUCAAUCUAGGUGGAAAUACAAGUGCGAAAUAUAUGGAAAACAGAAAUGAAGAUCGGUAGAACAACAACGCAGAUUGUUGUUCGAUAACUACAAACUUAAUAGGUGUCAAAAUCAAAAGAAAGCAAAACUAGGGGGGCAAAAUCCGCUGCAAAAAAGCGAUAUUAGUGUGAGAUUGUAUGUAGCAAACAACAUAAAUGAUGUGGCAACAGAAACAAUAGACACAUACUGUCCAGCUAAGAACUGUAUAUAUACAUAUAAAAAUAAACAUUUUUUGCUGCGAGUUUAGACAGACGAAAAAAAAACUACCAAAGGUAAGAAAUCUAGUCAAUAUAUUGC